CCGGCGCGCUAGCCUGGCAGGUCAGACGCGAGCGGUGGCCGCGUGGUGCGGGCGCUCCGGCCGUGCCCGGCGGGGCCCACGCGGCUGCCCCGCGCCCAUCGAGGCCCGGGUAGGCGACACAGGGGCUGGGUCGGCCCGGCCAUGCCGCUGGAGGCAGAGGACGCGCUGUACGUGGCGCUGGAGCUGGCCAUCGCCGCGCUGUCUGUGGCUGGCAACGUGCUGGUGUGCGCCGCGGUGGGCACGUCGAGCGCGCUGCAGACGCCCACCAACUACUUCCUGGUGUCUCUGGCCGCGGCCGACGUGGCCGUGGGGCUGUUCGCCAUCCCCUUUGCCAUCACCAUCAGCCUGGGCUUCUGCACCGACUUCCACAGCUGUCUCUUCCUCGCCUGCUUCGUGCUCGUGCUCACGCAGAGUUCCAUCUUCAGUCUCUUGGCCGUGGCCGUCGACAGGUAUCUGGCCAUCCGCGUCCCGCUCAGAUAUAAGAGUCUGGUCACUGGGACUCGAGCGAGAAGAGUCAUCGCUGUCCUCUGGGUCCUCGCCUUUGGCAUCGGACUGACCCCGUUCCUGGGGUGGAACAGUAAGAACACUGCCGCCAACUGCACGGAGCCCUGGGAUGGAGCCACAAAUGCAAGCUGUUGCCUCGUGCGGUGCCUGUUUGAGAACGUGGUCCCCAUGAGCUACAUGGUGUACUUCAACUUCUUCGGGUGCGUCCUGCCCCCGCUGCUCAUCAUGUUGGUGAUCUACAUCUGGAUCUUCCUGGAGGCCUGCAGGCAGCUGCAGCGCACGGAGCUGAUGGACCACUCCAGGACUGUCAUCCAGCGGGAGAUCCACGCCGCCAAGUCCCUGGCCAUGAUCGUUGGGAUCUUUGCUCUCUGCUGGCUGCCAGUACAUGCCAUCAACUGUGUCACCUUCUUUCAGCCAGCCAAGUCUAAGGCUAAGCCCAAGUGGGUAAUGAACACGGCCAUUCUCCUGUCACAUGCCAACUCGGUGGUCAAUCCCGUUGUCUAUGCCUAUCGGAACAGGGACUUCCGCUACACUUUUCACAAAAUCAUCUCCAGGUACAUUCUCUGCCAGACGGAUGUCCUCAAGAGCGGGAAUGGGCAGGCAGGGGCACAGCCAGCCCUUGAUGUGGGCCUAUGACCUAGGGCCUGGCCUCUUCAAGAAGGCACACAUUCUCAAUAAACAAAGGGACGGGACCUCACUGGCUGAUUCCUGUUUUUAAAGACAGUGACACUGUGUAUGGGCACGGGCCACCUCUCUUGAGUGACCACAUAUCUAGCUAAUAUGCACGUUAUUAGUUGGCUGCAAAGGUUCACAAAUGUAUUUCUGGUUUGUUCUGGCUGCUGUGUGGAUGAUGCCAAUGGCUUGGAUUGUAAAAGACUGUUUCGUUUUUAAGAGUCUGCGUCUUUUCAUGGUAGAACAUGAAACUAUUUUACUGUAAAACACUGUGAACUGUUAUAAUACAAAAUUUUUUUAAUGUAGAGGCAGUGAAAGAGUAAGAGUUGAACAUACUAAAAAUAAAUACUUGUUCCUAGGAAGGUGACCAGGAAAAUUAAAAGUGUAAUUCUUCAGUUAA